UUGUUGUGAGAUUUUUGCAAAUUGCAUGUGUUUGUGACUAUUGUGAUUGCAAAACGAAAAUGGACGGCUAUUAAUAUUUUUGUUGCACGUGAAGUUAGUAUUUUUAAUUUUAUAUUAGUUUAUCAUAAUCGCCGUCAAACUGGGUGCCAAAACGGUGGAAAGGUUUUUGAACCUAGCUGACGACAAUUUUAUUGAAGAUGUCAGCGAAGACUUGAAAUGUUUUCUAGCCGAAAAAAAAAUUGACAGUGUGCUAGUCUUCCCGCCCGUGAGCAACUACCGUCGGUUCCUGAUACAUCGUUGUGUGGAACAACUGAACCGGCCUGAUCUCGCGACCUUCUCGAUUGGCGUUAGUGACGAAAGGCGGACCGUCGUCUGCUAUAGGGACCGGCUGCUGAGUGAUGAAGCCUGCGCCCGGCCAGCCAUGGGCCUGACACCGACAGACCGGGGCGAUGCGGGCCUCACUACUAGCCCGGUGGGGGGUGAGCCGGCGCGCGCGCAGCUUCAGGAAAAGCCCAGAUCCGGGCCGACGAAGCCCAGACGACCCGAUCGAGCGGUGUACGUGCCGCGGGCCUUGCGUGCGACGGAAAACGCGACGGACGAAAACAAACCGCUGGAGAAUAAGAGAACAAGCCACAGCGCAGACGGGAAGUGUCCCAAAUCGCCCGCUUCCAAAGAGAAAUCCGCUCACGGUACACCGAAAAAAUCUCUCAACAAGAAUUUCUGUAACGUCUACACGCCGCCCCAUCUCAGGAACCAACGAUCUGCGCCCAGCAUAGAGAACAGAGCCCCCGGCGACCCCGAGCCGACCGUGCCUUCCCCCUGCCCAGUGCCAAACGGUGAUAGUGCAAUAUCGAAUAGUGAUAAUAGUUUUAAAGAAUUAGAAGUAGGCGAGAGUUUUUAUAUAGGAGAUUAUUUUGCUAAUGGACAACUAGGUUUUUAUAGUCCCAGUUUUUACGAGUACGCCGACAGCGAGAACACGGACGACAAUUGGAGGACAAAUGAAUCAGAGGUGAACAUGGCCGUGCACGAAACUCAGAGCAAUAUUAUAGAUAAUAGUGACUAUUUGUACGAUAAGGAUGAGGACGUCGAAAAGAAUGAACUUAAGCGGGCGUCACAAGAGAUAAAUAGAAGCAGCAAGCGAAUAAUUAAACAAAGUUUCGACUCAGAUGUUUUAGUGAUAUCAGAUCCGAUUGAAGAGUCCCCGAGUCCGGUCAAAGAAGAAAAAGAGGUUCAGAAGGAGAUUAAAGUUAAGAAAACAAAGCCAAAACUAGAAGCGAAAGUGUCCUUAAAAAGAGAGGAAAAUGACUGGGACGCGGUGUUCGACGACAGCGGGGAGUGUUUGGACCCAUCCUUACUAGAAGAAUUAACAUCGACUGUAGGCAAAGUGCACAUAUCCAAAGCGAAGAAUAACUACGAUCAGUACCAAACGCGUGGACAGGCGCUAUUCAACGGGCCCUUCGAUGAAACGUUCGCGCACGUGGUCGAAGUGUACGACUUCCCGAGCGAGUUUAAGACGAACGAUCUACUCUCAUUGUUCAGUGAAUAUAAGGACACGGGCUUCGAGAUCAAGUGGGUGGAUGAUACGCAUGCCUUGAUUGUCUUCAGCAGCGCCAAGAUUGCUGCAGAGGUGUUGUCAACGCAACGUUCGCUGGCCAAGUGCCGGCCGUUGCACGCGGCGACGCUCGAGUCUAGGAACAAGGCGAAAAAGUGCGCUGAGUUCUUACAGCCUUACAGGCAACGUCCCGAAACGUGCACGGCGCUGGCUCGCCGGCUCGUGUCGGGCGCGCUCGGCGUGCGGCUCAGCACCGCGCGACAGGAGAGAGACGAGGAACGACGACUUAUCAUGUUAGCUAGAGAAAAGAAACGCCAAGCGGCACUACACAAGGAAGCUGCGUGGGACGGGUCGCUCGCCGACCGCGCGCUGCACUCGCCCUCCUGACCGAUGCACCCACACACACGGUGCAAUUACUCUUCGCCACUGCACAGCCGUGGAAACUCUCACAUGAUAGAUAUAAUAUAAUAAUUAAUUAUAUAGUCAUAUUGGUUUGAUCAAAAGGGACAUACAUACAUGGAAUGUGGCAAUAUAGUCGUGUUACCAUGGCAACGUGUAAACAGGUUUUUGUUAAGACAGCUGUUGUAAUGUAUGUUUCCCUUUUGAUCACAAUAAGUUGAUAUUAUACGUGAAUGACGUCACUAUUUUUAAUCUUUGGAGGAAUUGAAGAUAUAACAGAUAUCAUUAUUUUUUGUUUUAUUUUUAUUUUUUUUAAAUAAAACAUGACUCUUUAAUUAUGCUCAAAAAUCUUAUAUGUACUUUAUUUAUUACUUUUUCAUGGCUAUAAAAAAUUAAUUUGUUCGUAUUAUAUUAUGAAACAUGGAAAUGUGAUGUUAAUUCAAUCAAUCUGUCUGUCUGUCUCUUUAAAACUCAAUGUGGUAUGUAAGAAAGAGUGAGACAAAAGAUAUGUGACGUCAUUUACGGAUAGUUAAGUAUUUUUGCAAACGAAUUAAUAUAUCACUAUAUUGUCGAUAAGACCGUUUCUGCAAUGUGAGUGAAAAAGAAAAAAAAAUGGUAAAUAAUAAUAUUUUUAAUGAUGGUUAUUUUUUUUUGUAGGUAUAAAAUACAGAUUAAUAUAAUUGAAAAUAAUUCGUG